AUGGCACCCUCCCAAAUGAAAGCCAUCAAGGUCGUCUCCGCCGGCAAAGCCGAGAUCCAAGAAGUUCCCCUUCCAAAACUCCGCGACGAGUACGUCCUGGUGAAAACUACCGCCGUAGCCCUGAACCCCACCGACUGGAAACACCUCGACUACCUCUCCCAACCGGGCCACACCGUCGGCUGCGACUUUGUGGGCACCGUGGAAGAAAUCGGCAAAACGGCCAACUCCAACAACGCCGGCGGCCAGACCUGGAAAAAGGGAGAUCGCUUCGCGGGCGUUAGUCAUGGUGUCAAUAAUGCCGAGCCCGAGGAUGGGAGUUUUGGCGAGUAUGUCAUGGCGAAGGGGGCCGUGGGGAUGAAGGUUCCUGGGAAUGUUAGCGACGAGGAGGCUGCUACGCUCGGCGUGGGCAUUUCGACCGUCGGGCAGGGGUUGUAUCAGUCGUUGAAGUUGCCUUUGCCGGAGGGGCAGAAGGCGGGGAGUGGGGAGUGGGGACUGGUCUAUGGGGGGUCGACGGCUACGGGAUCGUUGGCGAUUCAGUUCGCGAAGCUCUCCGGCUGCAAAGUCAUUACCACCUGCUCGCCCCGCAACUUCGACCUGGUGAAAUCGCUCGGUGCCGAGGAGGCCUUCGACUACAACGACAAGGAUGUUUCGAAGAAGAUCCGCGACUACACUUCAGACUCCCUAACCAAAGUCUUCGACUGCAUCUCCGAAGGCGCCUCCCCCAACAUCUCCGCCGAAGCCAUCAGCUCCUCCAAGGGGGGCGUUGUGACGUACCUCCUCCCCACCAAACACGACCGGGCGGACGUCGAGAACAAAAUGACGCUCGCGUACACCAUCAUGGGCGAGAGUUUUAAAUUCGGCCCCCAGCCUUUUGAGGGGAAGAAGGAGGAUUUGGAUUUCGGGAGCAAGUUCUGGGAGAUUUCCAGGCGGCUGUUGGAGAAGGGGAGUGUGAAGGUGCAUCCGGUGCAGGUUGAGGCGGGUGGGUUGGAGGGGGUGUUUGAGGGGAUGAAGAUGUUGAAGGAGGGGAAGGUUAGUGGGAAGAAGUUGGUUUAUAAGAUCUGA